UCCGCCGACAUACAUUCAGCCCUAGAUGAGAUGGUCCCUGGAUCAAAUGUUGACCUCCGCAACGCCGAAGACUUUCCGAGUGAAGAAUUCAUCACAAAAGAGAUUAACACUGAUAAGUACUACCAUCUUGGUCUAGCAUUGGGUUUGUCCUACCAGACACUUGACAGCAUCCAGUUCAGAAGCAGACAACAUGAGGAGGCUGGGGUUUAUACCCCAAAUCAAAAGGCUGUUAUCUGUAUGAUCCGCUAUUGGAAAUGCUUGCAACAUUCCGUCUCCCUAGAAGACGAUCAUCUAAGAGAAGUGUGGAAAUCCGUGAGCGAUUCAGGAGAUUCAGCCCCGGUUUUGAAACAACGACAAGGUGCGGAAAAGCAACAUGACACAAAUGUGGAAGAAGUCUUCGAAGGAGAAUCCCCUCGUAAAGAACUAAGGACCACACCGACAGUAGGCCUACAUGAUUUGGAGGUAAGUGUUUCCAAGCGGUAUGUAUGUGUCGUUAAUAUUUCCAUAGAUUUAGCAUGUAUUUCCAAACCAGGGUCCCGUUGA